AUGGCAACUUACGCUUCAUCUUCCUCCCUUGCCUGCCUCUUCAUCGGCUUCCUUGUACCCUCGGCUCUACCCGGGAGCCAUGGCGGCAGCAUUGCCAUCUACUGGGGCCAGAACGGCAACGAGGGCACCCUCGCCGACACCUGCGCCACCGGCAACUAUGCCUUUGUCAACAUUGCCUUCCUCUGCAGCUUCGGCUCGGGGAAGAAGCCGCAGCUGAACCUCGUGGGUCACUGCGACCCCUACUCCAACGCCUGCACAAACCUCACCGCAGACAUCAACUCCUGCCAGUCCAAGGGUGUCAAGGUCAUGCUCUCCAUCGACGGUGGCGCUGGAGGCUACUCCCUCAACUCCAAGCAAGACGCCUUCAAGCUUGCCCAGUACAUCUGGAACAAUUUCCUUGGUGGGCACUCCGACAAGAGGCCGCUUGGCGACGCCGUGCUCGAUGGUGUCGACUUCGACAUCGAGGGAGGAAACCCUGACUACUAUGGAGCCCUUGCGGCAUACCUCCAAGUCCUACGCUGCCAAUGCCAAGGGCAAGGAGGUCUACCUGCCAGCGGCGCCGCAAUGUCCUUUCCCUGA